AUGCCGGGAAAGCACGCCGAAAAACGACACAAGGCACAAGAUGGCGACCGCCGUAACCGGAGUGUUUCGUGAGGAAUUGCGCGAUGCGAUUUCAGGGAGCAAGGUGCUCGUCGUGGGCGCCGGCGGAAUCGGCUGCGAAAUCCUGAAGAAUCUCGUGAUGUCCGGAUUCUCGGAUAUCGAGAUCAUUGAUCUGGAUACAAUAGAUGUAAGCAAUUUAAACAGGCAGUUUUUGUUUCAAAAGAAACAUGUUGGAAAGUCGAAAGCCAGUGUUGCAUGUGAAACAGCAUUAACAUUUAAUUCAGACGCCAAAGUGAUACAUUACCAUGACAGUAUUACAUCACCAGAGUUUGGCUUAUCAUUUUUUAAGAGGUUCAAGGUGGUUUUAAAUGCCCUUGAUAACAGAGCAGCUAGAAAUCAUGUAAAUCGUAUGUGCUUAGCGGCAGAUGUACCACUGAUUGAAUCUGGCACUGCGGGUUACGAGGGUCAGGUAGAGCUCAUUAAAAAAGGUCUGAGUCAAUGCUACGAGUGUACACCCAAAGCUGCGCAAAAGACUUAUCCCGGUUGUACUAUUCGUAACACACCUAGUGAACCUAUUCACUGCAUUGUAUGGGCUAAACAUCUCUUCAAUCAAUUGUUUGGAGAAGAAGAUCCCGAUCAAGAUGUUUCCCCAGACACAGCAGAUCCUGAAGCUGCUGAUGUAGCAGGGGAAGGAGCUUUGCAGACAGAGCACAAUGACAAAGGCAACAUUGAUAGAGUCUCCACGCGAGUUUGGGCUCAAUCUUCCGACUACGAUCCAGAAAAAUUAUUCACAAAACUUUUUCACGAUGAUAUCAAGUACUUGCUAAGUAUGGACAAUUUGUGGAAGAAGCGCAGACCACCGAUGCCAUUGAAUUGGAGAGAAUUACCAGAUGGAGUGGCUGGAUGCAGUAAGGAGCUUAAUCAGCCUGGACUGAAGGAUCAACAACGCUGGAGCAUCUCCAAAUGCGGUUCCAUUUUUGCCGACUCGUUGAAACACUUGAGCCAGGCGUUGAAGGCUUCCCAAGAAAAAUCUCUGGACAAUCAUCUGGUUUGGGACAAGGAUGAUCAACAUGCCAUGGAUUUCGUCGCCGCGUGUGCAAACAUUCGCGCGCAUUUUGGAAUUCCCCAGAAGAGCAGAUUCGAUAUCAAAUCUAUGGCCGGCAACAUAAUCCCGGCGAUCGCAACCACGAACGCUAUAAUCGCCGGCAUGGUGGUCUUGCACGCUUUCCGUGUUCUCGAGAACAAUCUGCGGGCCUGCAGGUCCGUCUACCUGCGCCUGAAGAUGAACCACCGUAAUCAACUACUGGUGCCGGAGAAGGCGGUGAACCCGCCCAACCCGCAGUGCUACGUCUGUGCGCCCACUCCGCAAGCCGUGUUGGCGGUCGACACCUCCCAUAUGACUAUCAAGGAACUGGAGGAGCUGGUGCUUAAGAACAGGCUCAACAUGAUCGCCCCUGACGUCAUGAUCGACGGCACCGGCGCCGUCGUCAUCAGCAGCGAGGAAGGCGAGACUGAGGGAAAUAACGAUAAGAAAUUGGAAGAGUUGGGCAUCAGGGACGGAGCGAUUCUCAAGGUCGACGACUUCCAGCAAAAUUACUCGCUGACUGUCUUUGUAGUUUAUCGCGAGAAACCGGGGCCGAAAGACGACAGUCCACCGUUUUUGAUACUAGCUGAUAAGAAUGCACUUAAACCGAAGGAGGACGAGGAGGAAGAAGAGGUAGAAGAAGAGAAAGCCUCGACGUCGAACGGACAGAACAUCACCGAGAUAUCAGAUUCGAUUAAAAAGCGCAAGAAUGAAUCUGCCGAAUCUGAAAUUGCGACCAAGAAACGCAGAGUGGAACAUGAUAAUAACACGGAUAACAACGACGACAUUUGCAUCAUCGACAAUGAUGAUGAUGAACCCCGCGAUAACUUACCCGAAUUGAAAAAAUCGUUGCCGAGGAAGCGGAAACUCUCCGAGGACACUGAUUGUCUGAUAGUGUGCGACGAGCAUAGCGAUUAGCUUCAGAAGCAAGAAAGUUUCAUAAUUUAACACGAGAGACGAAAGAACAUUUGAAACAGAAUGCGAAGAUAAAGGACAAAAGGUUAACAACUUUUUCAAGAUAAUUAAAUUGGAAAUUAUACUCAAAAAUGAAAUUUAAAUGCAGAAUAUGGAUAUUUUUUUCUAUUCGCUCUUUUUUCAUUAAAAAGAGAAUUGAUAUGACAAUUUAGUUUU